GUAUAAAAAAAAUGGGUAUAGAAAACAGACGCAAGUUAAACGAGAAAUUUUUGAGGAGUGGUUUUGGCUGAGCAACAGGAAUCAGGAAUGUCAGGCGAAUUACAUUGUUAACAGUAACUUAGUCAGACAUCUUACAUAAUAUGCAUGAUAUGCAUAAUAUGCAUCUCUCAUAAUUUGCACUUUUAUUUAUUUUUUAACUUUGUUCUGUCGAUUAAUCAAUUUGUUUUCUUUUGUCAACUUUUUUUUCAUGUGACUAAGGGGAGAGGCAACGUAGCCACAAUGUCUCGGCCAAUAAGUAGCACACAGGACGUGACAAAGAUAAUUUGUCUUGUCUUUAAGUUUGAAUUUUUGCUUUUAUAGAGCUUGUAUUUCUACGAGAUUGUAUUUCUAGCUUGCAUUUCUACCCUUUGGCCCAAACGGGGUUGUGGUACGGGCGCACACCACAGAUCGAUUUUAUUGAUAGUGUCGAAAAGUGGAUGUGAUACGUAGUUCUACAUCCACGUUGGCGCUGUUGCUGUAUCCAACAGUAAUUUGUAAAUAAGUAGAUAUUUUGCUUCACGUGGUUUCUAACCUAAAUCUGUUACGGGCUCAAGAACUUUUUUCAUUGAUGUUAACAUUUAUAUUUGCAUAUGUGUCGGUAACGCAGAAUAACUCAUAUAAAUUUGAGUAAGCGUUUCGCAAUUGGAAUGGCUCAGCGAUUAAGUAAUAAAGCAAAGUUUAAAUCAUUUUUGACCGUGACGAGUAGCGCUGUCGCUCUGUUUGGUGGCAUUUCUGUCUAUCAGGGCAAUGAAAGAUUUUACAGGGACGUUGCUAUACCUCUCGUGCAACUGAUAGAUCCAGAAAUCGCCCACAAACUCGCAGUGAAGGUCUUGAAAUAUGGUCUCGUGCCAAAACAGAAGAAGGAAGAUCCCAGCUUACUCCAGACCACUGUGUUCGGUUUGCACUUUAAAAAUCCAAUAGGCAUGGCUGCAGGAUUUGAUAAACAAGGAGAGGCUGUGGAAGGAUUGCACAAGAUUGGUUUCAGUUUUGUAGAAAUAGGAUCUGUAACGCCUAAACCUCAACCAGGCAAUCCAAAACCCAGAGUUUUUAGGUUGCCGGAAGAUAAUGCAGUUGUAAAUAGAUAUGGAUUUAAUAGCGAUGGUCAUGAUAUCGUAUGGGAGCGCCUUAAGAGGUUAAAAGAGAAUAAAAAUUUUAAUGGUAUUGUUGGAGUCAAUUUAGGAAGGAACAAGGAAACAAAAGACACUGUUCAAGAUUACAUCGACGGUAUAAAGAAAUUCGUUGAUGUAGCGGAUUACUUUGUAAUUAAUGUAUCUAGUCCUAAUACUCCAGGUUUAAGAUCGUUGCAAAACAAGAAGAAUUUGCAAGAGUUAUUGAACAGAGUAAAUGCAGCGAGAGAUUUGUUAGGUAGCAAACAGCCGCUGUUUUUAAAAUUGGCUCCUGAUCUGUCGGAUUCUGAGCGACAAGAUGUGGCAGAUGUAAUUUUAGGUCAGAAAUCCAGAGUUGACGGUUUAGUCUUGUGUAAUACCACGAUUACGCGACCAAACUUGACUAAUCCGAACAAGGAGGAAAGUGGUGGUCUCAGUGGUGCACCUCUUACAGAUAUUUCUACAGCUAUGAUAUCCGAUAUGUAUAGACGAACGCGCGGCAGCAUCCCAAUUAUCGGUGUAGGCGGUGUUUUCUCUGGGACAGAUGCUUACACUAAAAUCAGAGCUGGUGCUUCGCUGGUACAACUUUAUACCUCGUAUAUAUACAAUGGGCCGCCAAUAGUUGGCAAGAUCAAAAGGGAAUUAUGUGAAGUACUUGAAACCAAUGGAUUUUCUUCUGUGACCGAUGCAAUAGGCAAAGACGUUAAGAGUAAAUAGAUAUUUUAAUACUGAUAUGUUCAUACGCACAAUUUUGCAUAUACACAUUAUUCAAUGCAAUUUGUACAAAAUUUAUUAUAGAGAAAUAAUACUUUAUUGUUAUUGUUUUUACUGUUAUAAUUGAAUAAGAGUUUUUGUUAUGUUUA